GCUGGCUAUGCCACAGCCAUAGCAAUGCGGGAUCCUUAACCCCUGAGGGAGGCCAGGGAUUAAACCCCAGUCCUUAUGGAUACUAGUUGGGUUUGCUACCAGUGAGCCAUGACAGGAACUCCCUCAUAUCAUAGCUUUUGAUGAAAGCAGUAAAAAGAGCUAAAGUGCUUGAGAUAUUUUUUUUUGAGAUACUUUUAAAAACACAGUAAUGGAUUCACAUUUCCUCUUAAUUACUGUAUCAACAUUCUGUUGUUUCUUGAAUUGCCCUUGUCUCAGAUGUUAAACUCUCUUGAUCUAUUAAGUUGUUGUGUUGUAAUUGAGAUAAAGGAGGAAUUUCCUUUGCAUCAACGCCAAUUGGUUUAUCAAUAUCUUGUACCAUUUACAUUUUAAACUGAAUGCCUGGGAGUUCCCUUGGUAGUGCAAUGGGUCAGGCGCUGUCACUGCUGUGGCUGAGGUCAAAGCUGUGGCAUGAGUUUGAUCCUGGCCCUGGAUCUUCUGCAUGCCGUGGGCAAGGCCAAAACAACAACAACAAAACUGAAUGUCUGUAAGAUGGUAAAGAAUAGCUCUACAAACCCUUAAUAAAACUGGUAGCAGGAAUAUAGGAGGCUGUCAGAGUGUUGUAUCUGUUUUGUAGCCAAUUUUAGGCUGUGGGCCACUUAUCAUAAUUGCUGGUUACUAGUAAUUUGUUUCAUGUCCAUCCUCUGGACUAAUUUUAUGGAAGAGGAAAACAUAAAUUUCUGGAAUCAAAACUGCAUACAAAAUUAGUUGGACAAUAGGAUUAGAGCAUUAGUAUACAUUUGCAUCUUUAGAAUUUUAUCUUCAUUUUUCUGGACAUAAAGUGAUAUAUCAUAAAAAAAUAAAAGCCUAGGUUACACCGUGCUGAAAUCUCCCUCUAUCUUUGCCAGUUUAUUUUAUAUUCUGCUUCUUACUUUGUGUUUCACUGGAUCAGAAUGUUCCUUAGGCAUCCUUUAGCUUUCCUCCAAUAAUUUUCUUAGCAAAACUCUUAUUAGAUGAUCAUUUGCCAUGCUAAAAUGAAGUUUUUGAACAAUAAGUGCUUGUGGAAUCUAACUCCAAAGGCCAGCUAAUAGAGUAUGAAAAUUAGUCAAAUCAAAUGAAUUGAAUAAAAUAUAUACAAUGAGAUGUAUACAUUGGCUAUGAGAGUAGGUUUAUUAUCAAAGAGAAAAGUGAUAAAAUUGCAAAUAGAAAUAUUAAGAGCAGAAGCAGUAAACAGAUUUUCCCUUAUUGUUGGCCUUGAUCCACUAUAAAAACAAUAUUUAGAAAUAUGAAACUUUUGAUGUUUAACUUUUCCAAAACUCUCUCCAUAUUACUUUUACUGAUAUAUAUACGUGUGUGUGUGUGUGUGUGUAAAGAAAAUAUUUAUGAGGCUCUUCUUUACUAGCUUCCCACUUUUCCUCCGUCUAAUAACUUGCUCAAGACCCUGCACUCCACUAUCACCUGGAUGAAGUUCUUAUCCCCAUGUGACACUGGGCUUGUCACUUCCCCUCCUGGAGCCUCAGCUUCCUCAUCUAUAUUAAAAGGGGGCAGAUAACAAAGGCUCCCUGCAAAGAUUAUGAGCGUGCGUGCGUGCGUGCAUGCGUGCGUGAAGCUCCUGUAGCUCCUUCUGAGCACAGAACUGGACUCUGGUCCAGAGUCCAACCUCAUAAACCACCGUGCCUGCUAUUUGAUGUCAGCUCUGCCCUCACUCACACCCAUGCAUCAGUCUUCAAGCUAGCUCAGCCCAGAAAAGAUAGAACACCUCUACCCCAUGCCCUGGACCUGGCACUCUCUGGAUUCAGCACUCAGAAAGAUCAGGACUCUGUACCUUCCCUGUGUUGUGGGUGCUUGGCCGGGUGCUCCCUGGAUGGGCAGGGAAAGAGCACUCAGAUAACAAUGUCAGAGCCCUGCCACUCCCUGAGAGGUGCUCUGUUGGGAUAAAUGACCAUCAUAGUAGUGGUGAUUAAUAAUUGAUGGUGAUACCUGGGUCUCUAGAGCCCCAUGCCUGGGCCAUGGUGGGGGCCCUGGGCAUCAGUGCUGAAGGAAGGAUGUGGGGGCUUCUGGGCACCCUCUGUCCAUGGUCAACCAAGGACUGACCAGCUGGAGAUUCUAGUGGAGAUUCUAGUGUCUGGGCUGAACCCGGGGGCCCUUAGAACUGCCCUUUCCUACCGAGACCUUGGGAAAGAUCAGCAUUUCUGAUCAGCCCAAAUCCCUCGAGGCUGGUCCAAGCUGUCCUGGGCCACAAUCUCUCAUACAGGAUGGGGGCAGGACAGGCAGGAUUCCAUACUAUACUUCUUUGAUGAAGGACUUGGAGCUCAGAGAGGUGAAAUGUCAUCAGACUCAUCCUCCCAGCCCUGGCCAGGUACGCUGCCUCCAGGAAGCCUUCCAGGCCGAGUUGCUUAUGCUCUGGGCUCUCACAGAUUUUAGACAAACUUUGGUCUCAGGUUGUGUCUUGGCAUCUUUAAGCCCUAGAGUUUGGCAAAUCCUCAUUUAGACUCUGGUUCUGUCUGCCCUGUGCCAACUGUGUGACCUUGGACAGGUGAAUUCACCGCUCUGAGCCUUUACCUGGGAAUCGGCUGACGGUGGAGCUUGACUCACAGGGCAGCUGUGAGACUUAAAUGAGAUGUGAUUGGAGAAGCAAUUAGCCUCCCCACCCCACCUGCCUCCCUGUUCCUCCUGUGGCCUUCUAGUCUGUCCCAGGCUCUCUGCAGGGCUCUGCGGCUGCCUGUGUCCUUGGUGCAAGGACACCCAGAAUCUUGCUGAACCCUUGGAUGAAGAAGCUGCUCGGCUGCUGAGGUCCAGAGAGGGUCAGGGACCACCCAGGGCACUGGGCCAGGGCAGCACCUGCAGGGUACAGGGACAUGCCACCUGCUAUCCCUAGGGAGGGAAACUCAUGAAUAUUCACACUCGCUGGAGCAUGAGGGAGCCAGCCAGCACACUCCUGGGUGUCAUUGGAGCGUUCCUGUUUCCCAGUGACCGCAGAGGCAGCCUGGGAGUCAGAAGUGGCUCAGGCAAGGAAAGGAGAGGGGCAACCAGACACGGCCCGAGGUGUCUGAGAUGCUGCUACCGCAGAAGCGCUGGGAGUCCAUGGCCAAGGGACUGGUGCUGGGAGCACUCUUCACCAGCUUCCUGCUGCUGCUGUACUCCUAUGCUGUCCCCCCACUGCACGGUGGCCUGGCCUCCACCAGGACCCCUGAGGACGCAGCACCCUGCUCCCCGGCCCCAAGUGAGCCAGAGGCCGCGAUCCCCGCCAAUGGCUCAGCCGGAAGCUGCCAGCCGCGGCGCGACAUUGUGUUCAUGAAGACGCACAAGACCGCCAGCAGCACUCUGCUCAACAUCCUGUUCCGCUUCGGACAGAAGCACGGGCUCAAGUUUGCCUUCCCCAAUGGCCGAAAUGACUUCGACUACCCGGCCUUCUUCGCGCGCAGCCUGGUGCAGGACUACCGGCCCGGGGCCUGCUUCAACAUCAUCUGCAACCACAUGCGCUUCCACUACGACGAGGUUCGCGGCCUGGUACCGCCCAACGCCACCUUCAUCACUGUGCUGCGCGACCCCGCCCGCCUCUUCGAGUCCUCCUUCCACUACUUCGGCUCCGUGGUGCCCUUCACCUGGAAGCUCUCGAGCCAAGACAAGCUGGCCGAGUUUCUACAGGACCCCGACCGCUACUACGACCCCAAUGGCUACAACGCUCACUACCUCCGCAACCUGCUCUUCUUUGACCUGGGCUACGACAGCAGCCUGGACCCCGGCAGCCCGCAGGUGCAAGAGCACAUCCUGGAGGUGGAGCGCCGCUUCCACCUGGUGCUGCUGCAGGAGUAUUUUGACGAGUCGCUGGUGCUGCUCAAGGACCUGCUGUGCUGGGAGCUGGAGGACGUGCUCUACUUCAAGCUAAACGCCCGCCGCGCCUCAGCCGUGCCGCGCCUCUCUGGCGAGCUGUACCGGCGCGCCACCGACUGGAACGUGCUGGACGCCCGCCUCUACCGCCACUUCAACACCAGCUUCUGGCGCAAGGUGGAGGCGUUCGGCCGGGAGCGCAUGGCCCGAGAGGUGGCCGCCCUGCGACGCGCCAACGAGCGCAUGCGCCGCAUCUGCAUCGACGGCGGCCACGCGGUGGACGCGGCCGCCAUUCAGGACUCGGCCAUGCAGCCCUGGCAGCCGCUGGGCGCGAAGUCCAUCCUGGGCUACAACCUCAAGAAGAGCAUUGGGCAGCGGCACGCGCAGCUCUGUCGGCGCAUGCUCACGCCCGAGAUCCAGUACCUGAUGGACCUGGGCGUCAACCUGUGGGUCACCAAGCUCUGGAAGUUCAUCCGGGACUUUCUGCAGUGGUGACGCCCACCCACUGAGGAGGGGUGGGCAGGGGCCCGCUGGCCACCUCCGCGGCCCUCCUGGUGCCACCCCAGUCCCUGGGGUGAGGUGGGGCUGCUGCAGGGGUGCAACCAGCCAGGACUGGGCCUGCUGCACACAGGGCCCAAUCGAGAUCAGUAUUUGACUAAUUAUAGUUUUUUAAAUUAAAUCCCCUUCCCUCCAAAAAAGAUUGUUCUAUUUGCAGUCUCCCCUUAAAGGGGAGACAUCAGAAGUAAAAUAAUUUGAUGUGUUUUUGUUAAUCAGCCUCAGUGGUGCUGACUGGCGCGGCCCUGGUGGGAGGUGACUGACUGGUGGGGGUUGGGGGACCCCAAGGGAGCAUGAUGGAUACGUGUGUGUGUGUGUGUAACUUGGUACACAGCCCGGUGGUGUGGCAGGGUUUGGUGUCUGUCACAUGCAGGAGCCCUGUGUGGUUGAAGAACUCCCAUCAGCUACCAAGACCUGAAAGAUGGUGUGUGUGUGUGUGUGUGUGUGUGUGUGUUUGAGAGAUGGGGGUGGGGGGUCGGGGAGGUGGAGGCAUUUGGUGGAGCACUGAGCAGCAGGCCCUGGCCCAGGCUAAGAGUUCCUUGUGCAAUCUCAUUAAUCUUCACAAUAACCCUUUGAGGUAGGCACAAUUACCAUCCCAUAUUACACAUAUGGGAACUGACGUUCUGAGAGCAGGAGGGAAUUGCUUGAGGUCAAGCUGCAGAAUGUAUCAGACUCAGUACUAAGCCAUCUCCCCAGGGCCCCAAACUCCUUCUAUCUCCAGAGCCCGUUCACCCCAUCCCUGCCUGCCACUCUCCUCUACUGACCACUCUAGGCUCCCUCACCAUCUGCUUGUGCUCUAACCCAACCUAGGUCCUAGGUUUCCCCCUUCCACCCUGGGGUUCAGUUUAAAUAAUCCACAAAUACUCAUUGGAUGUCUGUUGUGCCCCCCCGCCCCCAGCCUUGAGCUGGCCCUGAGCGGACAGCCAUCAGCAAGUUGGCCCAGGCCCUCCUGGAGUUCAUGACCAGAGAGCAACCAAGACAUGUCAGGUAUGAUCAAUCAGGGAGGGGAUGAGUCAGCUCUAACCACCUGCCUCCCUUAGCCUCCUCAGUGGGUCAGAGGCCCUUCCUCAGGUCUCUUAACCAGGAUCUGGCAGCCAGAUGCAAAAGGCGGAAACCACACAGCCAGGGGAUUCUUUAUCAGAGAACUGUUUGUGCCAGGCUCCAAGCACAUAUCUUAUCUAAAUAUCAACAACACCCUAGCGUUAUAGGCCAAAGCUCAGAGAGGCUAAGUGACCUACCAAAGGUCGCAUAGCUAAUUGGUGCCAGAGUCAGAAUUCAAAGCCAGAUUGGUCAGCUCUUAAGCCCUCCCUGGGCUUAAGUCAAUCUUCCUUCUGGGAGUGGGCCUCUGGUCCAAGCAGGGUAGGAAGGAAUUAGGGUGACCAACUGUCUCAGUUUCCUGAGACUGUUCCAGUUUUACCACUGAAAGGUCCAACAUCACAGGAAAUGCCUCAGUCCUGGGCAACCAGGACAGUUGGUCAGUCUGGGACAGGUUCGACCCCCCGAACUCCCUGGGACCACUGCCUACACCCUUGUAAUGUUCCUGGUGGCAAGAAAUUAGCACACUCUUGGAGUCUUUGUUUAAUUCAUAGGGAGAGAAAUAAGCAAAAAUAAAUAAAACUGACAAUAACUAAGACUAUUUGCAGGAAAAGAUGUAACUGACCCUACAUUUCUUAGAGAGUUUUUCCUCCUUUUAUUAAUCAAAGAAAGAUGUGACUUAGUGCAAUACAAUAACAUCUUGUAAACCCCAUAAUUCUAUUCCCUUGGACCACUAAGGGCCUAGAAAUACCAAUAUUAUUAGCUAUUAUAUAUUAUUACAUUAUUUAUUAUUAUUAACAUUGGCAAUUUUAGGUCCUUUGGGGAUCUAAGGGGAACAAAUUUGGCAGUUAAUAUAUGGCAAGGAUAUAAAUUACUUCAUUAGCAUUUACUAUCUGCCUGGUUUUAAAAUGUUUUAAAAGCAUUAGACUUAUUAACUCAUUUAUUAACCUAAUUAAUAUUUUGAUGAUGAGCAGUUGCCAGGUGCUGAGCAACCAUGCUGUGCCCAGCCCUGUGCCAUGUGGGAACAUGCACAAUUCCCUUUGCUCCCCCAGGGAGGUGACCAACAGAGAGGCAGAGCAACCAGCCCAGGGUCACCCAGCCAAGCAGCCACAGAGGCAGGAUGCAAGCAUAGGUCAGUCAGAUGCUGGGGCUGAUGCUCAUAGGCUCCAUAUUUUCAGCAACAUUCUAGUUGGCCACCUCAGCCCUGGGACUGAGGGCUCUUCCAUGGCUGAAAAAGUAUGAGCUCUCCAGGGGGUUCUGCAGGGGUAGCCUUCAAGAACCACACUGCUCUUGCUACAUCUGGGAAGCAGAGGGCGCCAUGGAACCAAGUUUAGUCUUGGCCAGUUCUGAUGCUCCUGGACAGUGGAGGCUGGGGGUGCCCACGGUGACCAGGUAUCUGUAGGCCUGACGUGAAAGCCAGGGCAGGGAUCAAGGCUGCCCCCACCCUGGAGAAAUUCAAUGAAACCUCUCUGUUAUGGGUUGAACUGUAUCCCCUAAAAAUACAUACAUAUAUAUAUAUAUAUAUAUAUAUAUAUAUAUAUAUAUAUAUAAGUCCUUACCCCCAGUUCCCUAUGACUGACAUUUGAAAAUAGGGUCUUUGUACAUAUAAUCAAGUGAAGACGAGGUCGUUGGGGGUGGGCCCUAAUCCAGUUUGGCUGGUGUCCUGAUAAGUGGAAAGGCCAUGUGGAGGCACACAAAAGGACAAUGCCAUGCAAAGAGGCAGAGGUUGGCAUGGAGGGUGACGGCCACCUCCAGAAGCCAAGAAGCAAUGAAGGAGUCAAUCCAGAGUUUCAGAAGGAGUGUGGCGCUGCCGAUACCUUGAUUUUAGACUUCUAGCCUACAGAACUGUGAAAGAAUAAACUUCUGUUGUUUUAA